CAUGUCCAAGCCGGUGGAUCACGUCAAGAGGCCGAUGAACGCCUUCAUGGUGUGGUCGCGGGCGCAGCGACGGAAGAUGGCCCAGGAGAACCCCAAGAUGCACAACUCGGAGAUCAGCAAGCGUCUGGGCGCCGAGUGGAAGCUGCUGACCGAGUCGGAGAAGCGGCCCUUCAUCGACGAAGCCAAGCGGCUGCGGGCCAUGCACAUGAAGGAGCACCCCGACUACAAGUACCGGCCGCGGCGGAAGCCCAAGACGCUGCUCAAGAAGGACAAGUUCGCCUUCCCCGUGCCCUACGGGCUGGGCGGCGUGGCGGACCACGAGCACCCGCACGGGCUGAAGGCGGGCGGGCUGCACGGCGGCGCGGCCGGCGGGCUGGUGCCCGAGUCGCUCCUGGCCAACCCGGAGAAGGCGGCAGCCGCCGCUGCCGCUGCCGCCGCCCGCGUCUUCUUCCCCCAGUCGGCCGCCGCCGCGGCCGCAGCCGCCGCCGCCGCGGCCGCCAGCAGCCCCUACUCCUUGCUGGACCUGGGCUCCAAAAUGGCCGAGAUCUCAUCCUCCUCCUCUUCCUCGGGCUCCGGGUUGCCCUACGCUUCCUCGUUGGGCUACCCCGGCGCCGGCGGGGCGGGUGCCUUCCACGGAGCCGCCGCUGCCGCCGCCGCCGCCGCAGCCGCCGCCGGGGGGCACACGCACUCGCACCCGUCGCCCGGUAACCCGGGCUACAUGAUCCCCUGCAACUGCAGCGCCUGGCCCGGCCCGGGGCUGCAGCCGCCGCUGGCCUACAUCCUCCUGCCGGGCAUGGGCAAGCCCCAGCUGGACCCUUAUCCCGCAGCCUACGCCGCGGCCCUAUGACCCGUGGUCGAGGGAUGCCCGCGCAGAGCUCCGGCGCCCGGCUGGAUGGGUGCCGGCGCAUACGUGCGCACGGGGAGCGGGGCGAGGCGCCGCCGGGGCCGCGGAGGGUGACCGGAGCAGGCGAUGGGGGGAGCGCCGGGGCGGUGGCCGACCUGUUGCACGUCCCCCGCCCGCUGCCUCGGGUAGAGCUUAUGUGUGUUGCAUGCGGUCUGUGCAGAUAGCCCAGCUGAAACAGAAGAGGAAAAAAAGAGGAAAGAAAAAAAAAAAAAAAGAAGGAGAAAAAAAAAGUAACCCAUCCGUCCUGCCCCCUAAAGUGUGUGUUCGGGACAGACACGGCGGGUAACGCCCGUCCGCCGGCUCCGGCUUUCCCCUCCCUCGCUCCUCGCACCCCGCGCGAUGCUGGACUCAGAACAGCCCCGCUGUAGCACCCCCGCCACCGAGAGGAGAGACGGGGGUGGCUGGGGGUAGUGAGGCCCCGGCUCGGCAGGGCAGGGCCAGGUGCGGCCCCGGGAAAGGGUAGGGUCGCUCUGUCCUUGGUUUGUAUCCCCUCGUGGGAUCCAUGCAAAGAAAGAUGUCGGCGGUGUGGGAUGCUGCCCGUCCCGCUCCGCGCCUUGUCCCGCGUGAGUUUCUGCCCUCCGCUGCUACGGGAUGCUGACAGGCGCGGGUCAUGAUUUCCAUAGGAUAAGAAGCGUGACUCGGACCCCGUGUGUUCCCCUCCCUCCCUCCCUCCCCCCCCCUCCACUAAUUAAGUCUCACCCUCAGACUGUAAAUUUGUAUAUCUCUGUGGAAAUGUUAGGUCUCGGAUGGAAAACUCUGUUAGUUACUUCGCCCACGGUCGAUUCAGUUUUAACCUGAAAAAAAAAGAAAAAAAAAGGAAUGCCUUUCAAAAGGAAUAAAAAUAUUGUGAGACUGCUCAAGGAUCGCAAUAUUAUCUAAGGUUAAAUCAGACUUUUUUGUCUGAGUGAUAAUUAUCUAUUUAUUAUUUAGCUGAACUGAAACAGAGCUUUGCUUUGACAGAAGAGUAUUCUCAUUUAAAAGAAAGCCUGUCUCCCCCACCAACAUGAAGUGUUUCAUAUGUGUUUUGGAGUACUCUACCUGUUUAGCUUAUUUUAGAGCGACUGCAAUUCAAUUGCAAAUGGCGUUUAAAAAAAAAAAAGAAAAACAAAGUUUAGAGAAAAAAAAUCCUUCAUCAGUUUAGAGUUCUUUUUUUGGUUUACUUUUGUAAUGUGUAUAUUUUGACUAAUGUUUGUGAAUGAAGCUGGCUAACAUGUAUUUAGUUUCAUUUUGGCUUUAUGUAAUAUAAAGUGAAAAAAAAAGAUUAAGUAAUGGUUUUAACAUUUACGUGUAAAUGGUUUUCUUGUGUGAUCUUCUAAUUUAAAGUUAGACGUCUAAACUAUAUCUGUAAAUUAGAUUCCAACUACCACUCUGUUCAUUUUUGAACAAUGAGUUUAAAUAAAGCCUGAAGCAGGGAAAAGAGAAAAUCCUCUAUUUCUUGUUGAAUUGCUAACAAGAUUUUUAUCUGAAUUGCCCUUAUGUGCCUGGUCCAGGUGAGGUGUAAGGUAUCCUCUAAAGGCUGUCUUUGUUUCACUUUUGAAUAGAUUUACUAGGAAAUCUAAAUCAAGCCAUUGUUAUUCAGAGCCAAAAACCUGAUUU